AUGCUACGGUGGUGGUGGUGGUGCAGAAGAUUCAAAGCAAACUUGCCAGUUUCUACGCUGCGUGGUGAGCAGCUUUUCGGCUCCGCGCAGCACCGAAACCUAACCCAGUCGAGUUAUGUCGGCGAGAGCGUCUACUUGUGGCAGAACAAGGCUCGCGUUCACGGGCUUGUGUCGCCACGCGAAAUAGCUUGCAGUCCGCGCUUGAGAAGCAUAUUAAGCGGGGCACUGAGCCGACGUGGUUACUCGACUCCUGCUUCGGAGAGUGUCGACGUUCAGCGGCGUCUAGAUGAGCAGCUCCGCGCCAAGGCUGCUAUUGCGCUGGACCCGCAGGGCCUUGCGACAGUUUUGGCCGACUCGACCCGAAUCGAAGAAGCUAACGCCACAGUGCAGCCCGAUUCUACCGCGAACGAAACGCAGGCACAGCAGCGACGACGUCGACGACGUCUGUAUCCCGACGGUUCCGUGAACGCUACUGGACGACGGAAGACUGCCGUUGCAGUCGCGCGUCUCUUCCCGAUAGAGUCGCCCGGAGGUCCGCAGUCGACCGCAGUCGAUCAUGAGACGCUCGUGGAACCCCGCUUUCGCGUCAAUCGUCAGGAUAUCGCCGAUUACUUCCUUCGUGUUGAUCAUCGUUUGGAGAUCAUGCGCCCGCUGAUGCUCACCGGUAUGGAGAACCGUUUCCAUGUUCAUGCGUUUGCACGCGGCGGGGGCAUCACCGGCCAAGCCGAGGCUCUUCGACUUGCCAUUGCGCGAGCUUUGGAGGAUUACGACCCUGAGCUACGGCGUAUACUCAAGCCGGCAGGUCUUCUCACGCGAGACCCUCGCAUGGUUGAGCGGAAAAAGUACGGUAGGCACAAGGCCAGAAGAGCCUUUCAAUGGGUCAAACGAUAA